GCUCAUUUGAUUCAACCCUUGACUUCAUAGUGUUGUUUAGCCAAAGGAGAAUUCCAUAACCAUUCUGCCAAGACUGAAUAGCUUGUCAGUUCCUCAAGAAAAUGGGUUACACACACUACUACUCUGUUCGUGACAGGGGCUCGACUGAGUGGCAACAGGCCUGGCCUGCACUCAUCGCAGACGCCUUGACAGUUGUCGAAGCCACCAGGGGAUAUGUGGACCUUUCCGGCCCCGCAGAGGAUCUUGAGGACUAUUCGCAACCACCUUCCAUCAAUGUGCGAACGGGGAUUCACCUUAACGGUGUCGGAUCCAAUUCACACGAGGAUUUUAUCCUUCAAAAAAACGGCCAGUGGCGGUUUUGCAAAACGCGCCGGAAAUCAUAUGACGUGGUGGUGACAUGCAUCUUGCUACGGGCGUUCAUGCUUGCUCCUGGCCAGUUUCACGUCAGUUCUGAUGGCUCUUGGGCUGAGUGGAUGGAAGCACGCGAUUUGUACGAUGAACUCUGGCCGGAUGAAGAUGUUCGGUGCCCAUGGGGAGAAGGGGAAGAGGAGUCAGACUCCGAAGAGACGGGGAGUAUUAAUGGCGGUUCGUAAGGAUCCUGGUGGUCUGGCGGUUGUCUUUAAAAUCGCUGGAGAGCAAGCUCAUUCUCUACGAGCAAGGGUAAUGAAGGGAAUGCGUGGGAAAUAUAAAAAUUAUUUUAAUUUGACUAGGUCUGAGGUCUUGCUCGCU